AACCCAAAUUUACCAGAUCCGCUUCGAAUCGAUUGAACUUUUUGUUAAUGAAGGAUUUAAAUUGUCCAAAUAUAAAUAUAGAAAUCGCAGCACAGCAACGGCAGCAGAAAUCCGAAUCGGGAUCCUGGCUUCGGUGCUUUCGGAGAAUUCAGAUUUUCGUUUGGACUUUUUCUUUCAGCUAUUAUCAAGGAUGAUUCACUUUGUACUUUUAAUUAGUCGACAAGGGAAAGUUAGGUUGACAAAAUGGUAUUCUCCUUAUUCUCAGAAGGAAAGAACAAAGGUUAUCCGUGAGCUCGGUGGGGUGAUUCUCAAUAGAGGGCCAAAACUUUGUAAUUUUGUGGAUUGGAGAGGAUUUAAAGUUGUUUAUAAAAGAUAUGCUAGUCUUUACUUCUGCAUGUGCAUUGAUCAGGAUGACAACGAAUUAGAGGUUCUAGAAAUCAUUCAUCACUAUGUUGAGAUACUUGAUCGAUACUUUGGCAGUGUCUGUGAAUUGGAUUUAAUCUUCAACUUCCAUAAGGCCUAUUAUAUAUUGGAUGAACUCUUACUUGCUGGUGAACUUCAAGAGUCGAGCAAGAAAACUGUUGCACGUUUAAUAGCUGCACAGGAUUCACUGGUGGAGACCGCGAAAGAGCAGGCCAGUUCCAUUAGCAAUAUAAUUGCACAGGCCACAAAGUAGGUUAUGACCAAGAGUGGUUGCGGAUUGCCAUUUGUAUUGGGGUUGGUUUUGGUAUCUCAUCUGUUGUGAAAACUCUUUCUGGAUUUUAGUUUGAGAACUUAAUUGUAUGUUUAUGAAUGUAGAUUCGGGAGCCUUUUGUAGAAAUGAUCACAUAUAAUCAUCAUAUUAAUUAUGUAUACAGUCAUGCAUUUUGGUUUCAGCAGUUCAUUUGUUGGCUGUAACAUGCAACAGGCAUUGUUAAUUUUCUUCAUUUUGAAGUUAA